CGGAGAAGCCGCAACAGAGUGCGUCUCCUUAGAGGAGUACACAGCUGGGCACUGGCACUGCUGUGGCACGGGGCAUCAUUGUCGCCAAGAUGUAAUAAGCUGUCAAGGCGCGGGGAUGUCGCGCUAGACAGUUAGGAAGAGCGGCGGGCUCUGGCUGAGAGAGAAAGAAAGAGCGAGGGGAGUGUGGUGGGUAGGAAAGAGAGUAAACGGACGAAAGUGAGAGCGAUAGAGCACAAGAGGAAAGAAUCACAGGCCUACUGCUGGCAUACACGAUAUCGAGGGUAGAAGCAGGGAGAAUAUACUGAUGCAGAAACGGAGUAGCUUCGGUAGCUGAAAAAGGGCAAAAACGGGAUCGAUCGGUUGGCCCGCGAUAGUUGUAGCAAUGGAGGACAUCAGACUAGGUAUCAUCGUGGUCUGAGCGCUCAAAAAUGGCGUCAGGUUUGCCGAAUAUUCAUCAAAAGAAGCUUGGACCAGCGCCGAUAGCAUCUUUCGAAGACUUAUCUGAGGAAGUGGAAAACGGAGAAUCGGCGGCGGCGGCAGCGGCGACAGCGGCGGCGGCGGUAGCGGCAGGGCGAAUGCCGGGUAUCGUUGAGGUCACCACGCCUGCAACGCCUGGCAGUUCGCUCAAGACACCUAGCACGCCGCGAAUUGAUAUCAGUAGAGCAAGCAGUUCUUCGCAUCAUGAGGAUAGUAAUUCCAGGGACUCGUCACCUGAACGGGAGCUUCUCGCAGGAACGGAUCCUCCGUCCGGUUGCAAGCUGACUCUGGGUUAUAAGGAAGACGCUCAAGAUCUGAGGUCUUCUACGGAGGAGCUGGAUUUACAGGAUCCCGUCCACGAACAAGAUCUUAAACGGGAGUCCAAAAGGCGAAAGCGAAAGGAGACUGAUGGAUCUCAAUCGGAUUAUAGCGGCAAGCAGCUAGGUCAGGAUCGUGAACGCAAGGACAGUAACUGCUCGGAGAUAUGUUUGCUCAACAUCAGCGGUAGAACAUCUAGAUUAUCGUCGGUUGGUAGUCAAGGCUCCGGCGUCUCGGGAAAGCUCUCGGUUAUGUCAGCGACUUCCUCUAGAUCUCCCAGUCCUCACAAGUGUCUACUAGAGACGUCGUUCUGCGGAAGCAAGCCGACAUUGGUUGACAAUCUGAUAGAGCCGUCGAAACCGGAGACCGAUGAUCUCGAGAAAAUACUCUUGAAACGGGAGGCCGAUACAACGAAGGCAUUGAUUCCCGAGAGUAUUAAAGUGCCUAUGAUAGGUGGUAAUCUGAAGCCGGAUCCAUUGGAUAAGCCCAGAAGACGCGGUCGUGAGGAGCGGAAGGAAAUCUUCAAACGAGAAGUGGAAAUUACUAAAAGAUUUCUGGAGAAAGUUAAUAUAGAGGUUCCGAUAAUAAAAAAAUCGGGCCAGCAACAAGGAUCGACACUGCAACAACAGCAUCAACAGCAAUAUCAAUCAAAGAUUCAAAUACAAGAUGUUCAAAAACCCGCGACACUCGAUUUUAACGACAAAAGGAAAAAAGCUCAAAAUUUUAAGGAGAUUGUUCAGACGACGCCUACGACAAGUAGCCUUAUCGGAAGUCCCAAAUUGCCCAGACAUCAAAAAGUUCGUGAUUUGGAAGGCUCGCGAACACCCAGUCCAUCAUCCGUAUCUAGAAAAAGUAGUUUUGCUUCAUUAUUUAAGACUAGAGCCGACGGUAACGUAUUGAGUCCAGAAUCACCGUCACCUAGCACAAAACCACGACGAAGUCUGACGUCGAAAUUAAAGGACACUACAGAGGGUUUGAGAAGUCGUUCGAAGUCACGCGAAAGAGUUUCCGUCGAUAAGAGUUCUAUCUUGAAAAAAGAUUCGAAGAAUAAAGGGGUGUUUUCGUCUACACUGAGCUUGUUUAAGAAACGCGAGAGGAAAAAGAGCUACGAUGAGGCAAUCGCGGCCUCGUGCGACCUCGAAGUCGCUAGUGGAGAUGAACACCCAUCUCUAGAGAGCAUCGGUCACGUGGAGUUUACGUUCAACGUAAAGGAGGAAAAGGAAAAGAAUCGUCAAGAUGAUUCGAUCUUUAUUAGUCUGCAUGCCGAUGACAGAAACUACGAAGAAGCCUUACCGUCAGAAAGUGUCUCGAUACCGUUGGAAACACCGACCAAACUAUUGGACGAAUACGAGUCUGAGGGACCGCGUUCGGGUAGUAUAAUCACAGAGGUAUCGAUUGAGCACCAUCCGUCGUCGAUUGCCAAAAUUAGGACUGAAGCGCGGAUUGAAACGAUUACAACACAGGUUACAUCCAGAAGUUCGUCCAGAGAUAGUCAGCUGUCGCAGAGCGAGUCAAAAGAUUCGUAUAUAUUAAAAAGUUCGUUGAGGGACUCGAAGAUUAGCGGACAGGCUAAUAAAAUAGUCGGAACACCACCACCAGCCAAGUCAUCGACUACGGUUAAACCAGAUAUUAAACUAGCGAUUACAUCGGAAGUUAAAUCAACAGACUUUCGAAUGUUGUCUAGUUUAUUGAGAGAGUCUAUCGGUAAAAAACCGGAUAUAACAAAGCCAAAGAGAAAAAGUAAAGAGAACCAGCAGCAGCAGCAACAACAGCAGCAGCAGCAGCAGCAGCAGCCAGAACUAUCCGAGAGAAUAAGCGACGAUGUAGCACUACAACAGAAAAGAGUAAGCGCGGGAGAGUCUUCUCGAGCUGCUCAAGAAACUAAAAGAUUCGAUCAUCUCGAUGAUAAGAUCGGCAAGUCGUUGGAACAGGAAGGUUUAGUAAAAGCGCCCAGUGUGAUAUCCGAUCUGGAUCAUAACAGCUCCGAAUCCGAGAGAGAUUCAGAGAUUGAGUUUAUUCGCAAUAAGGUUGAGAAAUUGACUGAGGAGCUACCAGACGAGCGAAAGGGUCUCUUCUACGAGGAGAGUUUUGAGGAGGAUCUUCCAUAUAUACCGACGACUCUGCCAUUAGAAAAGAGCGUAGCUGUACCCAUUCUACCGGUUAAACAACGACUUCAGGAAGUAAGAACAAUUCCAAUCGAGAGACCGCGCUCAACGACCCCAAUAAACCCGACCUUGUUGGAUGAGUUUGUAAUGCAGACAUCGCUGGACGAGAGGCGGGUGGAGCGAAUGAAAAUAUCUCUGCCACGAGAGGAUAGCUUCAAAUUGAAGAGUCCGCGCCGACAAUACACUAGUACAGCAAAUACGUUCACAGAAUUUGCGGGCAAGGUGCCACCGGAUGGCGGUCGCAAAGGCGUUACUAAUCAAGGGAAAUCACCUAGUCCACCUCCACUGCCACCGAGAGCAUCAACAGCGGCAGCGGCGGCAGCAGCAACGGUAACAGCAUCAUCAUCAUCAUCAGCAGCAGCAGCAACAUCAACAUCAGCGACAGCAGCAGCCCGGCUGAGCAACUGGAUCAACUUCGAAGAGAUACCGGAGAAGCGAAAAGCACCGAAACGGAUACAGACGAUACCGCGGCCAGAGGAUGAGAUCGCAAAAACUGUCAGCGGUGGUUACAACUACGUGCAACCGGAAGAGUGCAAGUGUGAGUGCCAUGAGGAAUCUAGGCGAGCGUCCAUGCGGGAAGCAGCGGCGGUGGCAACGGUUACGACUGCCGCCGUCACUGCCACCGGCACCAGUACCAGAACUUCCUCUUGCAGCAGUAACGGCGAGCGACCGUGCAAUGGCGAAAAUUGUACGGCGCCAACUAUUGGUGGUGGUAGCUCGGUCGAUCGCGCCAGUAUCGUCAGUGACAGUUCGCUGGAGUGUUCGCUGAGUCUCGACGAUAGUCAGAGCACGCAGGUGCUUCUCGGCAACUCGACGAAACCCUUCGCAAUGGAUCUCGACGUGCGUUCCAAUAGGUCGAGCAUCAUAUCGCAGGAGGAAAACGACGAGAAUCAGCACCAAUAAUGAUAUAUAACAAUUGUAAUAGUAAUACUCGCAUAGAGCGCACUUACGCCUUAGAAUCUUUGGAUUUUUCUUUUCUAUACGUAUAAGGAAAGAAUUAAUCCGAGUUCUUCUGCGACGAGUUAAAGGACGAUUCCGAAAGAAAUGUACGCCAUCGUCGCGUUCUCUCGUCGUAUUUUUUUUUUCUAUAAGAAAAGUUUCCAAAAUACUUUUGGAAAUCUUGAAUAGUGACGGAAUCGGUUCUCCACUUUUUGGUAGGUAGUAACAGGCGCGCGAUAAAACUUCCGAUAGUUGAAAGUAUACAUACAUCGCUGCGCGCUCGUGUUUUCGAAAUCGAAUUUCGAAAUGUCUUUUGUCUUCGGCGUCACGCAAUUGUUUAUCUGUACAACGUUGUAUGCCAAUCGGACCAUUUUCAUAUAAUCGGACCGCGUCAGAUUUACACACUGUUAUAUACACUUUCGCAAUAGUAUUGUGUAUCACUGCAAUAUAUCGCGAGUUCUUUCUUUUCCUUUUUCUUUAUUUUUCUUUAUUUUUCUUUGGCGUUAGUCAAAGUCGCACUCACAUCAUGACUCAUUACAACUUAUUAUAUGACUUUCUUGCUUGAGAAGCUUAUUUAUAUAUCGUUGAAAGUUGAAACCACAUGUAAGAGAAUGAAAUGUAGAGUAUCGCGUAUCACAAGUUUUUUUCCAAAUAUAUAUUUAAGAAUUUUUGGAGAAAAACCGCAAUUAGACGAUAACCUUAAUUAUUUUAGGGUUUAAGGGUGCAGACAUAAAAUAGCAAAAAUAAUAAGGGAUAACGAUUUCAAACUAUCAGUAACUGCGCAUGUUCCGAUGUAUUCGAUUUCUGGUUGGUUGAAAUUCCUUAUUUCUUCUGUAUAUUUAUAUUUCUGCAUUCUUAAAGUUUGUCAUACGCAUACACGUACGCGAUGAUAUUUUGUUAAAGAGAGACAAAUAUUUUGUUAGAGGCACCCAGGAUGGUGGCUCGCUAAUGUUUUUCUACUAAUCUCUAUACUAAUUAAUCACUAGUUUUCUCUGUUGAAAGAGAAUUGUACCGCAUCACGAAAUGUCGGUGAAACACUCGGACGUUGCUCGUAUCUCGUUCUCUUCCUUGAAAAAAGAUAUAAAAAGUAAAAUAUAUGCGCGGCGCGCGCGCACACACACAUACACACGCGCGCGCGCGCGCCGAUGAUGAGACGAAAUUUCGCGAUGUUCGAGUGAGCUUUUGAAGCUUAUCAUAUCAUGUAGAUAGCAUAGAUUUAUAUAGACACAUAUAUCUCCGUGGGCACGUUGAUCUUUUGUAUCGAAAAUGAGAAGUUUAUUCAAUGUUGAACCGGGGGUACCGGUACGAUCAUUUAUUGAUCGAUUGUUUUUUAAACGAUAGCAUUUACGAACGAUUUAAAACGAUUUUACGAUUAUCUAUUGUAAUGCCAGACAAGCAUUUGCGAACGGUUCGGCUGCCGAUAUCGUAGGCAUUAUAGUUCCAACGAUUAACGUCGCGCAUAAUUAUGAAUACUCGUCGUGGAACACUCAUCGGAAUGUUAAAUGCACGCGAAUCAAUCUAACGUGUACUACGCAUACACAGAUUUUUCCAACUAUCGCACUGUCUUGCAGAAUACUCCUAAUCGUUGGCGACUUAUCUAUUCACCACGAUCUCUUUGCAUUAUCAUUUUUAGAUCUGGCUUGGCGAGCCAUCAUUCACUCGAAUAUGUUAAUUUUUAAGGGAGUGAUUUUUUGUCAUUCUCUCUUGGUUGGAAAUUUCAGAAAGUCGAGACGAGAUGCAUUUAUUAAUCGUGCGCGUUUCAUAAGUCUAGCUCUCAUACGAUAGAGAGAAAGACAGUUCUAUAUUAUCUACCUCCUUAAAAAAAAAAAAAGAAAAACAGAAAAAUGUACCAAAGAUAAUCGAGUGUCUGUGGAGGGUUGUUACAUUCACGCUUAGAAAAUCAGCCCGAUAACACAACUAGCUCGGUUUGAUCUCUUUUCUCGCUGUAAGAUCAAUUUUUUGGAGAAUGGAAAAGAAAUGGCACGUAUGUAAUAUUAUAAAAUAUUUGUAAAAUAAAUAUAAUAUAUAAAAUAGAUCAAGACUUGCGAUAUUGAGGUAAACGAAACCUUAUUUCUUAAUGGUCCAAUGUCCAAUGGGUCGAAGAUCUAUGAUAGAAUGGAAAUUAUUAAAAGCGUUAACACGCGCGCGCGCACACGCGCACACACACACACACACGGGGUGG